CUCCGCCUCCCCUUUUGCCUUAUAGAAGUCAAACUUGUUCGCUAUCUUGCUGUACCAACCGGCUUACAUUUGAUCAUGGAGAACCCGUCUCCAAUUGAAAGUCCAUUUAAAAUCGCGAUCAUUGGCGGCGGACUAGCUGGCAUUCUCCUCGCUAUCGGUCUGUCAAGUCGAGACAUAUCCGUACAGAUUUACGAAGCAGCACCAACUUUCGCAGAGACUAGCGCAGGUAUAGGCUUUGGGCCAAAUGCUGUGCGAGCCAUGACAUUGCUCGACCCAAGAAUUCGGGCUGCCUACGAGUCCUUGAAGACAGAAAAUAGUUGGGAAAGCAAAAGGAACAUAUGGUUUGACUUUCGGAGAGGAUGGGGCCAAAUACCAGAGUUGUUGACGGAGCUGAAGAUGGGACAUGAGAGCGAGGGUGGUGGAAAUGUUCUUCGAGCAAGGUUUAUGGAGGAAUUGGUCAAACUCCUUCCAGUAAAAACUGCUGAAUUUGGGAAGAAUUUGUCCAGAGUAGAUGAUGAAGGCGAUUCUGUGAGGCUAUGGUUUCAGGAUGGGACACAAAGAACUACAGACGCCGUGGUCGGAUGUGAUGGCAUACGCUCGGUUGUACGAAAAUUCCUUCUCGGCCAGGACAAUCCCGCCUCUCAAGCAGUCUUCUCUGGGGUUUAUGCGUAUAGAGGAUUGAUACAAAUGGAUACUGCAAUUGAUGCAGUCGGAGAAGAAUUGGCUCUGAACAGUCAAGUAUAUGUGGGCAAUGAUGGAGAUCUGGUUACAUAUCCCAUCGAAGGUGGCUCUCUUCUCAAUGUAGUUGCAUUUCGGAAACAUGACGUUGAUACAUGGAAUCAUCCAAAAUGGAUCGUAGAUUAUCCCCAGGGAAAGUUGAUGAAGGAUUUUGAAGGAUGGGGAAGUAUACCAUUGAGUCUGUUAAAGUUACUGGACAAGCCACAAGCUUGGGCUCUAUUUGAAAUGCCCUCAAUAUCAAGCUACUCGAUGGGACGCAUAACACUUCUUGGAGAUGCUGCGCAUGGCAGCACAUCUCAUGCAGGUGCUGGGGCGGGAAUGGCCGUUGAAGACGCCCUUGUUCUGACCAACAUGCUGGCUGAUCCUCGCGUCCAUCUUUUCAGUGACAUUGCUCAAGUGUUCGCGGUUUAUAGUAUGGUAAGACACCCUCGGACCCAGAGACUGGUGAGACACAGCCGGGAAAGCGGAAUGUUAUUUCAGCUGAGAAAACCGGGUGUUGAAGAUGAUCUUAGGAAAUUGAAAGAAGAUUUGCAAAACAGGCAACUCUGGAUCUGGGACAUUAAUCUGAAAAAUCACUUGGAGCGUGCAAAAAUUGAAUUGUCAAAGGUUCUCAAUGAAAAGCGAAAAGUUUAGCAAUUGUCC